UCAACCUCAGUGGGUGCAUUCCAAAUUAUUACUAGCAAAACUUUAUAAAUUUCACAUGUGCGUUAACACUAAUCUACAACUGUUUUUGCUUUGCCAAAAUUCACCAUUCUUAGUUUAACUUCAUUAGAAAUUUGAACAAGUUAAUUAGUUUUUACACAUUAUUCUGACGUCAUAUGGUGAUAAAGAUAACAUAGAAAAAGAGAGAAGCAAUACUCACUGUGUUGGUUUCUUGCAGAUAAGAUAAAUGAAUAUCUUCAUGUUUUAACGGUAGACUGUUUUAAAAAAAUUCAAAAUGAAUUUAUGUUAUUGGAAAAUCCUCCUUGCCGUAAUUAGCGUAAAACAGUUUUGCAAAACUUCGGGCCAAAUCAACGACGGCAGCCAUAACUUGAUGAGUUUAAAUAAUUCAAGCCAUGUAGAAAAACCCUCAGAGCCGGCGGACUGCUCCCAACGUGAAAGAUACAGAAAACAACCAGUAGUAAAAGAAUCUUCACGUUUGCGAAAAUGCUGCCCACAUGGAGAAAAUUUGGAUAUAUAUCGCGAAAAUCAAAGUGAUUCUAUGUGCGAUAACGGCAUUUUAAAUUUUGAACCGACUAUAAUAAGUGCUGUCCUGUUUGAUAACUGCAUUGAAGAUUUGGAAAUUCACACUACACUAGACUACGACAUUGGCAAUCCAUGCAACAACUCCCUUCAAUAUGACGACUUUGAGGACGUUUUUUUUGUUUUACAAGACGGGUCAUUAUUAAUUAUUGACAAGUUUGGCAAUGAGUCGUACACAGUGGAAGAAAAUUACUGCUUGGAUAUUGACAAGUCAGGGCAUUUUUUUGCGUUCACAUGUGUCACACAAGUUGACGAACAAAUUGCUUUUGCAAAAGUAAUUUUUGUAGCUGUUUUAAUGCUUAUUUCAAUGCCCUGUCUUUUAUUAGUAAGUUAUUUGCACAUGUCCCUUCGCUCAUUGCGAAACUUGCAUGGACUGUCGCUAAGUUUGAUGUCAUUGAGUCUAGCUUCCGGCUACUUUGUCCAUUCCGUCGUUCACAUAUAUGGCAUCCCAAAACAAGGAUUCAUUGGAUACGUUAUACAGUUUUGUAUUUUAAGCUAUUUUUUUUGGUACUUCUGUAUAUGCUUUAAUGUGCUUUUAAAUGUGUGGUAUAAGUUACCUUGCUGCAUUCAGCUAUCCAAAGGUUUGGCAACGUUAAACUUCGCUUGCUACACUCUGUUGGCUUUUUCUGGACCAGCAACAAUAGUGGCGCUAACUGUUCAAAAAGGAUUGCCAGGAAUGCCGUCUUACUUUCUGCAAGGAUUGACGGAAUCUAUACGUGACUCACAACGUUACUUUAUACCUCCUGUUUCAACGGUACUUUUCCUAAGUUUUUUGAUUAACGUUAUUUCUUUCUUUGGAUUUCAACGGUUAAACGGAAUCGAAAAAGCUACAAAAGGUAAUCAACUCCAACGUAAUGUGAUGUUUGAUCAACAGAAAUAUGAAGAAGUAAAAAAGGACGCCAAAUGCGUUAGCUUACUUGGAAUAAUAAUGCUUAUUAGCUGGCUUCUCGAAAUAGUAACUUUUUACUCUGGAUCGAACUCUAGUUACCUCCUUUUCUGCGACAUGGUGAACGGUCUACAAGGAGUUUGGGUAUUGCUUAUUUUCCUCGUUGUGCGGAGGCGCCGCACAAUAAUUUUACGAUGGUGGUAUGAUCGUGGAUCCCAUGAAAUUGAAGGCACCGAGCUGCAAGCUCUUAGUAAUAAUAACAAUCCCACAUAAUUACAAAAUAUGUAUAAUAUAACUUAUUUCACGUUCAGGUUCAGUUUCAAUAUUACAUUUUUAUAUCAAUGAUUUUCUAGUCGAAAGGAUGAUUUGCUUAAAAAAGACAGAGCUCCGCUGCGUUUUAAAUUAAAACAAGAAAAGAAGCUAGAUUCGGCUAGACAAAGCCUACAUGUAAUAUAUAUCCUUGUAGUCAUCAAAUAUGUCGUACAAAAUACGUAAGGGCAAAUAAACAACAUCGAAGCUAUGGCGAUUUA